AUGGGUGUUAAAUUCUUGGAUGUCAUCAAGCCCUUCUGCGGCAUUCUUCCGGAAAUAGCUAAACCCGAGCGGAAGAUCCAGUUCCGCGAGAAAGUACUAUGGACCGCGAUCACGCUCUUCAUUUUUCUAGUUUGCUGCCAGAUUCCGCUGUUUGGCAUAAUGAGUUCAGACUCGGCCGAUCCAUUUUACUGGAUUCGUGUAAUUUUGGCUUCCAACAGAGGAACCUUAAUGGAACUUGGUAUUUCACCGAUUGUAACCUCUGGUCUCAUUAUGCAACUUCUUGCCGGUGCGAAAAUCAUCGAAGUCGGAGACACGCCGAAAGAUAGAGCGUUGUUCAACGUGUUCGGUAUGGUCAUCACCGUGGGUCAAGCUAUAGUAUACGUGAUGACGGGAAUGUACGGAGAUCCGGCUGAAAUCGGUGCCGGAGUUUGCUUGCUCAUCGUUAUUCAGCUAUUCGUCGCUGGGUUGAUAGUGUUGCUUUUGGACGAACUCUUGCAGAAGGGUUAUGGGCUCGGAUCUGGUAUCUCCCUUUUCAUCGCUACGAACAUCUGCGAGACGAUCGUGUGGAAGGCACUGAGUCCUGCGACUGUGAACACAGGUCGCGGCACGGAAUUUGAAGGGGCCAUCAUCGCUCUAUUCCAUCUGCUUGCUAUGAGACAAGACAAAGUUCGAGCGUUGAGAGAAGCUUUUUACCGCCAAAACUUGCCCAAUUUGAUGAAUCUUCUUGCCACAGUGCUGGUGUUCGCAAUCGGAUUCCGUGUGGAUUUGCCCAUAAAAUCUGCUCGAUUCCGUGGGCAGUACAGCAGUUACCCGAUCAAGCUAUUCUACACAUCCAACAUCCCGAUUAUUCUUCAGUCAGCGUUGGUUUCCAACCUGUAUAUCAUUUCUCAGAUGUUGGCAGUCAAAUUCUCAGGGAAUUUCUUCGUGAAUUUGCUUGGAGUAUGGGCUGACGUUGGUAGCGGUGGUCCGGCCCGCUCUUAUCCCGUGGGAGGCUUGUGUUACUAUUUAUCCCCUCCCGAAAGUCUGGGUCACAUAGCAGAAGAUCCCGUGCAUGCGAUGCUCUACAUCUGCUUCAUGUUGGGAUCAUGCGCCUUUUUCUCAAAGACUUGGAUUGAGGUUUCUGGAUCCUCUGCCAAAGAUGUUGCGAAGCAGCUGAAAGAUCAGCAAAUGGUCAUGCGUGGCCAUCGAGACAAGUCUCUGAUUCACGAGCUGAAUCGCUACAUUCCCACAGCAGCUGCUUUUGGAGGGUUAUGUAUUGGUGCGUUGUCGGUGUUGGCUGACUUCAUGGGCGCUAUUGGCUCAGGCACAGGAAUACUUCUUGCCGUCACCAUAAUCUACCAAUAUUUAUCGGAUUACCUUGAGGAUGUGCAUUUCUGCGCUCGUUUCGUUGGAGAAGCUCUCUUUGAAUUACGACAUGCAGCCCGGAAAAACUGGCCUGCAAACGGUUGUGUUAUGAAUGUCAGGGAAUGGGUUGGACUGGAUUUUCUUGCCGCUGUUGUCCCGUUGCUAUUUAUUCGUUCUCGGUUGCCGACGCGGUCAGAGGUCGCAGGCAAUUGUCUGAUAGGCUUGACUGUGGGUUACGAUCGACGAUCCCAUUCCGCGAUCUUGGACGUCUUCGCAUUUGGACAUCGACUGGAUGUUACGAUCGACGAUCCUAAACGAAAAUGUGAUGUUCGUAUCCAGCCGUCCGAAGUGCCGCGAUUCACUGUAUCAAGUAUCAACAUUUUCAGUUCCUCGCGUGCUCGACUAGCUACAGCUGUAGCACUUUGUAAUCCUGUUCAAAUGCCCGAAGGCUCCCAAGAGUAUGAUCCCGUGUUCACCGACGUUCCCCCGUUUGCGGAUUCCAUUGAAGAGACAACGCUCGCCGUUCUGAUCGUUGAAUCGAAAUAUUUCGCUCACCUGUCUUCGAUCAUGCUAUUCAAGUACAACACGUUGAUAUUAUUGCAGGUCCGAAUUUGGAUACAUAUCGACGAGGACGUGAUGGAAGCCGAGACUUCGGUUCUCUGCUCGGUUGGGAAGAUGCUUGAGAGGAAGAUUUCGAUGUUAUUCAAAGGUAUCCUCGUGCCUGAGCGUCCGCCAGCAUCUGGAGUUAUUCGAUUUCCGAUCGUUGAAUACAUGCAUUUUACAAUGUGUCUGUCCCGGAUUGGCCAGCUUCCCUUUAGUCGAUUUUCGAAUGGGUUGAGGUGUUCCGCAUUCGGCAGCUUCUCGUUUUCCGUCGUAAGACCAGCUACGUCUUUUAACUAUCGCCUAUCUGUUAUCCGGAAAAUCGACCAUCAUGAGUGCUACGGAAUAUUGCCAUUUUACUCGUCCUCGAUAAUGACAGUUCCACGAAAUGAACAUUUCCCAUCACGACUCUAUUCAGCCGUUCCGAAGAAGGAUGACGAGGAAAGUCGGCUUAAGGGUGGAAAUGGUGCUCAUGUGUUGGCUAGUGGUACUGAGACGAAGGAGACGUUGUUCCAGAGAUUCAAAGCUAUGGCUAAGAAGUAUUGGUACAUUCUGAUACCUGUUCAUAUUGUCACUACGGGAUUUUGGCUUGCCGGUUUUUACGUAUUGGCUAAGUCUGGGCUCGAUGUGGAAGGCAUUUUGGAACGGUUGGGUGCUCCAGAAGUUUUGAUGAAACCUGUCCGGAACUCCAAUGCUGGAUAUUAUGCAGUCGUGUAUGCCUGCUACAAGCUCGUGACACCGCUGCGUUACGUUGUGACGAUUGGAGGCACGACAGUGGUUGUGCGGUAUCUGACACGGUUCGGUUACAUUAAGCCGAUGCCGAACAAGCAAGAAUUAUUGCGCAUGUAUGAGGUGGGGAAGGACAAUUUUACUAAGCGACAGCAGGCGUGGCGUCGGCGCUUGAAGGAUUUGAACUGGCGUUUGCGCGUGAAGGAAAAUCUGAAGGGAAAGCGUAAGGAAUUUGGGAGCCGAUAUUUGUUUGCGAGUGAAAAUGGGGUGUGGUUUGCCGAUUGGUUGACCGCAACUCCUGUAUUGGAAUUUUCUGCGAAAUCUUCGGACAGAAUGGAGAGAAAUACGAUUGAGUCGUUUACGCGGAAACGUGUGAAAGACUCUUCCGUUGAGUCGGCGCAUCUUCGAGGAUUCCCGGAUGCGAUGAUAUGGGAUGAAACGAGCGCCGUACUGCUUCUUGAAGUAUGGGCAACAGAGCAAGAAUCCCACCAUAUUAAGCCAGCCAAUUGUUGCAAUCACGUGCUCAUUCGGUGUUCUCACGGUGGCCGACCGGCGAAUGGAGAGUUCGGCGUUUUUCUGGACCCGUUUCACGUGCGCGGAUUAGCCGACUUCGACGUGUCCACGCUGAUGGGAGAGACUCCACAUUCGGAUGAAACGGUAUUCGGUGGAAUAUCGGAAACUUGCUGUGAUAUUGAUGGGUCGGCUAUGACGUUUCUUGAUGCGCUGGUGGCGUUCGUGAUCCAUGUAGCAGUUGAUUCCGGAAGGACUGUAUCCGAAGGAAAUCGUGUUGCCGGGACUUCGACUUUGGGUUUCAGAGUUCGCGUUCAUGUAAAUUCUCGAAUUGUUCUGUUGAUGGCCCCCAGGCCGAAACGGAAGGCCGAUGACCAUCGCAAGAAACUCGAGCGGAUUAAAAAAUCGCGUAUUGAGAAAACUUACCGUGAGAAUGUACGAAAGAUAUUCGAAGACCUGUAUGAGCUUCUUUGGGGGGAUCCAGAGGAAACGCCUCCUUCAAAUAAGGACAUCCUCGAGAGAGCGCUCAACAAUCUGAAACUGUGUUCUGCUGAGAAGGCAGAGGCUGAAGAGAAGUUUCUCGCACGAGAAACGGAACUGAAAUGGAAAAUCCAGCGUUUGACUGCAUUAGCCCGUAAGGCCGAACGUUGUGCAGAAGGAGGUGAAGAUAGCAGUCAAUUCGAGGUAUCUUUGGACUCGCGGGGAACUCAAACAGAUUUCAAAGAACUUUGCUCUGUAUGCUGUGAUGAACUUGGUAAACCGCUAUCCACUUCUGCAUUUACUGUGAAGGCGUCCAUGAAAGAUGGAAAACCGUGCCUCGUGGUUGUCCCGGACAAAAAAGAAGCCAAGAACUUUUCCAAGAAGCGUCGGAAAGAUGUACAGCCUUCUACUCCCGUUUCUGCGUCUGUUGCAUUUUCCGCUGCUCCUCCGCAAAUCAUUUCUAUGGCUUCAUCCAACGGGCCACUUCUCGUACCUAAAGGACCGAACGGGGAAAUUCCGAUCCCGAGGAUUAUGUCACAGCAGUCCUUGCUCCCUGUGGCUCCGUACCCGAAUUUUAUUUUCCCUCAGAUAAUCUCUUUGAUUCCGGCUGCAGUCACGGGAAGUGUUUCGCUCUCAGGAAGUGAAACUGCGAAUGUGAAGCAGCCCGUUACCGUGAUGAAGCCUGCUGAGGAAAAGGCUGAAGAUCCGAAAGAACCGGACCCGUCUACAGAUGAUAAAACUGCGGAGAUUGAAUCCCAGAGGGAAAUCGAAUCACAGCUGGUUGAUGCCGCGGAUUUGGAGGAUUUGGGUGCCGGGAUUUUGACACCUGAUCCGAAACCUGAUGCGGAUAUUAGUACCAUUGAGAAGUCCGAUGCGGCCAAGGCGAGUAUCUCAACUUCGGAGAACGUCGACACCAGUUUGAUAAAUCCUACUCCAACCGUUCAAACAAAUGAGACUUCAGUGUCCUUGCCCACUGCUGAAGAUUGGGUGGAGAAGUCCUUACUUAGUCAUUCCGCGGAGAAAAUCAUGGCACCUUCUACGUCAGGUCCUGUUCCAACCAGUGACGUGACGCUACUUCAACCGCCACCAGCUUCCGUUGCUGUGUCCGUGUCAAAUCCUAUGACGACACACUUCCCACAAACCUCCCUGAGUGCAAACGUAUCCUUGGCAACCACUACUGAUCCGUGUUAUUCAUUGAGUGUCCAAGAUUUCCCGCUGUCCGACUUCGUUACUUCCCAGUCAAACUUCCUCCCCAACAUUUCCAACUGCGUCGAAGACUCGAAAACAUCAGAGACGCGAGAGAAGACGAAUCCGAAGCAUGCCUUGAGUGACACGGAUCACUCCAUCUCGAGCAAGAUUCAGCAGUCCUGCCAGGAGACCCCGGCCACCUCCACGGGGUCGUUGUCAUGGUUGCAGAAUUGUUGGAUGAACACAUCCCUGGACUCUCCUUUGGAUACUUGGCCGGCUGCCAAAGAAUCUUGUGUUCCGCAAGCGAAAUCCCGGAAUAAACCCGACCCGCGGAGCCAUGACAAGCGCCGACAGAGUGGUAUCAAAGAGCCGCAACUCGAAGCAAAGGACUCGCUUCCCCUGCAACCGGAAAAACGCACGGCUAAGAUGGAGCAGAAGGCUUCGUCUGCAGCGUUUCUGUCCGUCAGUCAACUCGUCGACAAGACUCCCCAGGAUGCCAGUUUGAACGAACACACAUAUGCUCCUUCUACCGUUAAAGUCUCCGCACCUAGAACUGUUGCGAUGCUUUCUCACCAGCCUCAAGCUUCUUCGUCUAGUCUUCAGCGAAGUGCGUAUUCAGCAGAAGCAUUGCUGAGGGAUCAACCCAGUUACUAUCCGGACACGUAUUGGAAUCGUGGAGCGAGUAAGCCCAGUGUGGCACCGCAAACGAGUACAUACAGAGGGACCAAGUACCAGAAUAAUUACGCGCCUUCCAACCAGCAACAACGGUCUGUGGUUCCUCAACAAACUCAGAGAAACACACAAAAUUGCUCGAAUCCGAUGCCUGGAAGCGUGAAUCAGCAUUGGGCGCCGUGGCAGAGUCCGAAUUCGCAAUCGACCACCUCUUGCGGGUCGUCGUAUCAAGUUGGCAGUGUUCCGCAAACCGUAACUACUUCUUCUACAUCGUUUUCGACGUUCCCGAGCUUGUCGGAUUCGUGGAAUAAUAGGUUGGAUCAAACAAGUACUGGCUUUGGAGCGAAUUGUUACGCGCAAGCCAGUAGUGGAAGCGCAGUUUCGGGUGGGUGCAAUACUGGGAAUUCCUUGACCGGUGCCGAGCUGCCUUUGGGGCAUUGUUGGUCGAAUGGAACUUCCACUCAAAUACCUAGGAAGCCCAAGCAAAACUCUGUACCUCCUGCCUCUUCCACGAGUCUGCCUUCGUUGUUCGAUCAAGGGAAUAUUGUUAACCAGGGAACUGGGUUUUACGGGGACGGAAAAAGUAAGGCUACCCCGCCGACGUAUGCGCAGUUGAUGCCGUCGAGCAGCGAUCGAAGGCAGGGAGUUCAGCAGCCCGCAGCGAGGGACGAUAAUCUCCAGCAGGCUGGUCAUGGCAAGUCCGGGCACACGUCGAAUAACUUGCUCAACUUCAGCCUGAAUGCCUUGUUUCCGGACAUUGAUCAGAAGCGUGAGACUCGACAAGUUGUUUAUUGUUCCGUCCAUUUCGAAUGGCUGGAUGUCACUUCGCCGCACUCCAAUAGAAUAGAAAGACUGCGGCUCGUUUACAUUUUUGAAAAAGAGGUGUUUUUGCGGUUUAUGUAUGGCGAGCCGAUCGAAACCCAGUCGAAAACAGCGAAUGCCGGGAGUGCAUCAGUGCCAUUUCAAGCGGCUGUUAGUCAAGCCCCGAGUUUCUUGGACUAUCAUCGUGCUCCGAACCUGACCUCGUUCUCGCACUCCACAAAUGCAACUGCCUCCUUGCCCAGCACAGGUCAGAUGUCGGCGUUUCCAGCUGCAGGGACAGCGAGUCAGCAGCUCCAUGUUCCGUUUAGUCCCUUGAUAACUUCCAAUUCCACCACCACUGAUCAGACUUCUUUCAAUACGCUCGGUUUUCCAUCUGGUGCAGGACUUGGACAAAUCAUGCAGAAUCUGAAUUUUUGAACAUCGGCCAAACGACAACGUAUUCGAAACUUCUGUGUAUUUUUGUGCUGGAAUGAAACCAGCGUAUGAUAUUUUGCAAAUGUGAUAUAAUUUCUUAAGAGAGAACUUUUCUUUUGGAUCCUUGUAAAGUUGAGUUUGGAAAUGCAAUUUUGAUCUCUCCA